AGCAGUGAGCCACAACGCAGCAGGGAGACCGACCUCGGCCGGGAGACGAUCAAAUGUGCAAGUGCCACAUUGCAAAAGAAAGCGGCGGUGCCACAAACGCCACCAGCGGCACCGCCACCCACGCCCUCCGCGCCAGUUCCAGUGCCAGUGCCAGUGCCCAUCAUACAACUGACGCCCGCCAGCAAUGCAACGACACCUACGGCCACACCGCCGCGCACACACUCCGAGGAUGGCAACAACAACAACAACAACAACGGCAAUAAUGACAAGAUUGGCAGCUCGGGCGAUGCCAAAGGUCUUUGUCCGGCUCUGCAGACAGCCAGCAAGCCAGCGAAGGCAACGCUGCCCAGUCCGUCCGGCCAUACAACAUCGCCCAUCGUCGCCACAACGAAUUCACCCACGCCGACACCUACACCGACGUCCACAUCCACGCCAACUGCCAGCGCGCCGAUGGGUCCGCCCACCAACUACUGUGCCCGUCGCACUUGGAUCACCACGGAUCGCAUGAACGAGCUGCGUCGGAAGGCGCAGGAGGCGGCAAAGCACAACAAAAUCUUCACCAUACGCGGCUGCUUCAAUUCCAUACGCAAUGCUCUGAUAGCGCGUGGCUGGGUGGAGAAACUGGAUAUGCAUCGCAAGGUGAUGCCCGCGGGUCAAAUGACGUACGAGGACUUGACGCAACGCCUGCCGAAACGCAAGGCGGGCGAGACGAGGCGGCAGUACGUAUUGAAGUGUGAGCGGAAUAUAAUGUCGCGUUUUCUGGAGCACAUGCCUGUGGACUUUCUGUGGACGAAUCGAAAGGAGAAAUGCGAUUACAUUGAUCAGGCCAAGAAUCCGGGCAUGACCAUCAACAAAUUCCAUCGCGCACCCUUCACCUCCAAGGAGGGUUUGUGCAGCCAGCUACGUGACUUCCAUUGGUUCUUUGAGGAGGGCACAGCUGAAAUGUAUUUUCCUCGCUGCUACAACGUCUGGAGUCCCGAGGAGCUGGGCGAGUUCAUGGAUAACUUCAAGCUAACCGCCUGCGUCGCCUUUCUGCGCUCCAUGCUCUGCAAGUAUCACAAACAUGGCUGCGAAGCGGUAUUCUCCACCAGUGGCAAGAUACCCUACUCCGCCAUAGACUUCGCCUACAAGCGCGUGGUCGAGUACAUCGAUAGCUGCCAGCACAAUGACAUCGAUUAUGAGGAUCCGCCGAAAAUAUGGGAGCACGACUGGGAUGCCUUCCUCUACCAACAUCAGCAGCUCGUCAAUGAGGAUGCCCGCAUCCAGCACGAUGGUCAGCGUACAAUCGAGCAUAUGAUUAAGUCAUGUCUGUCGCUGGUGGACAAAAUGAAGACCCACUGGCCCCAAUACACCCUGGAUGGCUACCAGAACUUGUGGAUCGUGAAGCCGGCCAACAAAUGCCGUGGUCGCGGCAUAUUGUUAAUGGAUAAUUUGAAAAAAAUUUUGGGUGUCGUUAAUCCAUCGAUAGCGUCAAAGAGCCGUUACGUAGUACAAAAAUAUAUAGAGCGCCCGCUCAUCUUAUUUCAAACGAAAUUCGACAUACGGCAGUGGUUUCUCAUAACGAACACACAACCGCUGGUUGUCUGGUUCUACCGAGAGAGCUAUUUGCGCUUCAGCUCCCAGGAAUACAGCUUGAGCAAUCACCACGAGUCGGUGCAUCUGACAAACUACGCCAUCCAAAAGAAAUACACGAACGGGAAGCGCGACAAGCGACUGCCCAGCGAGAACAUGUGGGACUGCUACUCCUUCCAAGCCUAUCUCCGGCAAAUUGGCAAACACAACAUGUGGCUGGAACGCAUCUAUCCGGGCAUGCGUAAAGCGAUUGUGGGCACAAUGCUGGCCUCGCAGGAGAAUAUGGAUCGGCGACCUAACACAUUUGAACUGUUCGGUGCAGACUUCAUGAUUUGCGAGAAUUUCUAUCCCUGGCUCAUAGAAAUCAACUCGAGUCCAGACCUGAGUGGUUCCACAAGCGUUACGGCCCGCAUGUGUCCACAAUGUCUGGAGGAUGUGGUGAAGGUGGUUAUUGAUCGUCGCUUGGAUCCCAAGUCGGAGUUGGGCAACUUCGAGCUGGCCUACCGGCAGGUGGUGCCCCCAACGCCCGCCUACAUGGGCCUCAAUCUGUUUGUGAAGGGCAAGCAGCUAAUACACAAGACGAAUCAGAGUCACAAUCAUUACUACUACCAGCAGCACCGCAAGGAGCGCAGUCUAGCCACCAGCAGCGUCUUUCGCCAGCGCUCAGCAAUCAUACCCACAACCAUUUCGCGCAUACACCGCGCCAUGCCCACUUUCAAUGCCACGGAGUAUAUGGAGAAGCACAUGGUGGAGCCUCUGAACAGCAAUCGCAGCAGCAUAAGCGUUAGCAGCACUCAGCAGCCCCCAUCUCUCAGCUCGCUGAGCAGCAGUGCUCGCCAGAAGUCGCCGGCCACACCCCUACCCAUCUCACCCUGUCCGUAUCUGCUGAAGCAGGCGGGUCGCUCCAUCACCCAAUUGCUCAGUGCCACGCACAAACGAAACCCUGCCUCUAGCAUAACCGAGUCCCAAGUCAAUGCACUGCCACCCAAGCGUCAACGCAGCUGUGGGCCACGCCUCACCUCCAGCCAGAUAGAAAGCACCGAGCGCAAGUUCAAAAUACUCAUCAAGAACUAUACGCGCAGCGACACUACAUCCGAGCACGCUCUAGCCAGCAGAAGUGAGAACAAUUUGCAGGAUUUGACAGCAGGAGAUGCUGCUUCCCGUCCAACGAGCAGCAGCAGCGCCAAGAAACAGGAAGCGACCAAUGCGUCAGCCACUGCGCCGACCAUUAGCGAGCGGAAGUGGCGUAGUUUGCGCAACAUCUCCUCCACAGGCACUUCGAUAGCAACAACGUCCAGGACGAAACCUGCACCCACUAACACUACUGGCCCCGCCACACGUCGGUUUAUGCGCACCAAGUCCGAAAUUGAAAGCACAGCCGGCAUGCAUGCGAUAGGCCGCACCUUUGGACGCAAAUCGAACGGACCUCGUCUGCCCAUCAGCAUAUCCGUGCAGGCUCUGCACCGAGGUGAGCCAAUUGUGGCGGCCAUGAAGCAGGCUACGAGCGAACUCCAGCUGGCACAAGCACAAGUUAUCAGUCCACGCACGGCUUUGGCCGGAAAAAUGACGAGCACCAUCUCGGCAUCCACAUUGGCGCCGCCUAUCAGUUCCACCCUAAGCAGUGCUUCUAUGUGA